CACCCACUCCUCCUCCUGUCCGAGACAGAGAGAGAGAGAGAGAGAGAGUUCUUCGGCCACCUCCUGCAGCCACCUACCUCCGGACCGCCGCACCUCUCGGCCAACCCCACCAACCGGUCACCACCUCCAGUCACCUCCACCUCUCCGCCACUCACCACCUCUCGACGCCCCACCUCCAACCGGCCGUACCACCCCGUAACCUCCACGGUUUUCACCCCCUCGGCCCGUACCUCCUCUCCACCGGAAGCUCACCCCACAGCCGUGCUCACCAUCACCACCACCGGACGCCAUCACCACCACCUCCUCCAAUCUCCAACCCCAGCCGUGUAUCAUCAUCACCACCGGUUAACUCCACUCCUCAACACCAACCGGGGUCCCCACUGCCGUACAAGCUAGCACCACCUACCGAGCUCCUACCCGCCGCCAUCUCUUUUCCGAACCACUCCGAAAACCGUUUUGCCUGAUGAGAGGGCGUUGCACCGAACGCACAAGUUACUAGCUUAUUUGUUUUGAGUGGAAUUCAUGGCUUCUCUUCUAUCCUUCACUAUUCUUCCAAAACCAAACCUAACAAAGGUGGCUUGUUCAUCAUCCUCAACUGCAACCACCCUUUCCCCACCAGAGAUUCUAACUCUUGACCAGAAAUUUGGCCGGAAAGGCAUUAAGUUUUCGGAUUCCGGCGAUGUUGAGCUGACAGUUAGAAAUGGAAGUUCAUUGAAGCUUCGGAUACCCGAUGGACACAUCACUUCUUACAAGCCCAAAGUCUACUGGAAAGAUGAUGGUUUUGAAGAGAUUCUUUACACUCUUCCGAGCACUGAUAUUGGCUCCUCUGUUACUUCUACCACUACUUCUGCCACCAAAGCAAAAGGCGGGAUCGGUUUGGUCAUCGACAACGUUAAUGCGUCUGAUCCAAAUUUCAAACCAUCCCAUGUUAUAACUUCUGAAUGGUCUGUAAAGGAUGUGGAUUCAGAUUCCAUUGAUGCUGUCCAGGUUGAAUUAAGCUCCACCAGUGGAACUCUUGAUCUAACCUACAUCGUUUCACUCUACCCGCUGAGCAUGGCAACAGCAGUUAUAGUGAAAAACAAUGGGGGAAAGGCUGUGAAUCUGACAGGUGCUAUACUUAGCCACUUCAAGUUCAAGAAGAGAAGUGGGACAGGAAUCCAAGGACUCCAGGGAUGCUCUUAUUGCACCCACCCUCCUCUCUGUUCGCCGUUUGAAAUUCUAUCUCCAGCUGAAACCAUGAAAACUGAGGACCCAGCUUGGUUCUCUUUCACUUGGGAGCCUGAGAAGAAACCAGGAGUAUGGACCACACAAGAUGUUCCCAUCACCAUUUUGAAGAAUAAGCUCAGCAGAGUGUACAGUGUUCCUCCAUCGGAAAGAUCAAAACAGUUUUAUACCACCGCUCCUACUAAAUAUGAAACCCUUGAUCAGGGACGAGAGUUGUUCUUCAGGGUAAUCAGGAUUGGUUUUGAGGACAUAUAUGUAUCAAGCCCAGGUUCCUUAUCAAAGAAAUACGGUGAAGACUAUUUUAUAUGCACUGGGUCUGGAUCAUUGCUAGUUCCUGUGGUGGUGAACCCUGGUGAAGAGUGGAGAGGGGCACAAGUCAUUGAACACGAUAACUUGUAAUCUAAAUAAUUGUCAUGCUAAAAUAAAAAUGUCUAUUGCCGUCUCUUUUCUCAAUAUUUUUUCCAAUCAUUUAUUUUUUGUUCAAAAUGGAAACUAUAAAUGCAGAGAUGAUAAGACUAAUGUUGUAUUUUAUACAAUAGUCCAAUUACAAAGCACGAAAUCUAGAAUUCC